CAUAAAAAAAAAAGAAAAAACUAAUCAAAACCCUAAAGGUAAUUAUAAGCAAACAGAACCUCUUAUUCAAACAGUGCUCUAUGUCAUGCUUGCAAUUCCCCUGUUUUUUUUCUUCAUAAGUACAAGAAUAUCCAAACACAAGUUCAGAUAUAAGAUGCAAACAAGAGUGGAUCGAGGUCAGAAUGACAACGACAUCCAUCUCGAUCAAUGCCUCAAUGUGCGAGCACCUACUAGCGGCGGCAAAGAUCUUUGCCAUUAUCGAUGACAGCCGUCGACGACAACGUGUGGUCAGUGACGGAGAUAAGGUCUUCUUGAAUCAUGUCUGCAAUUGAUCGCCAGAUUUGGCCAUAGCAACCCAUGCUCCAUCAAUCGUCACUGUUUUUUGUCACUUCCUUUGAAUUUGGUUGCUCGGCUGCUGCUGUUGGACGUUUCAGGUUCGAUUUUGUUAGUCACAAAGAUGAAUGGAAUCAUUCUCUCUUGUACACAUGCACUCCUUUUCGACCCUGUACUCAUACAAAAGGGCCGCAAAACAUAUUGUCUCCAAAAUGGGGAUCGCAUACAAAUCUCCAUCAGAAACCCAUACAGAUGGCUAUUUGAAGAUGACCUGGCCGAAGGCAACAUAUACACCAUAUCAAAUUUUUCAUUGUCUUCAAACGAUCAAGAAGUACAAGCCAACCAAUCACGCACAGCAAAUUUAUUUCAAAAGGGAUACUCAAAUUAGGACCGUGCAAGAUAAUUCAUUUCCCAUUAACAUGUUUCAGUUUGUUCCCAAUGAGCUGAUACUUAAUCACACCAAUGCUCAAUCCCAUUUUAUUGAUGUCAUCGGACUAAUUACUGCCAAGAGUGACAUUAUCAAAUUUAGAAGGAAUGAAAAGACCUGCAUUUACAUAGUCAUUGAGCUUCAAGACAUGUAG